AAGCUGCAGAACAACAUAUCGUAUCAGAUGGCAGACAUACAUCGUUUAAAGGAACAACUAGCGGAAUUACGUCAGGAAUUCAUUCGCCAGGAAGAUCAGCUUCACGAGUACAAGAAGAACAAUACUUACCUUACAAGGAGAUUGGAAUAUGAUAGUCUGCAGUGUGGGCAGCAGAUCAAGGAAAUGAGACUGCAACAUGAAGAAAACAUAAAGAAAUUAAUGGACCAAAUUGCACGGGAACAGAAGGACACACAAAAAAUCCAGUCCAGUAAAGACACUGAAGUAGGUCCCAAUAAUGAUGACCAGGCAAUACCGAAGAAUGUUCCAGAGGCAGAAGAUAAAAACCUGGUAAAGAAUGAGCAGCCUUCAGAUCAUGUUGUAAAUGGCAAAGAGAAAAUCAAACCAGGAGGAGAUGCAGGCAUGCCUGAAAUCGAAGAUAAUGACCCUGCUAAAGCUGAAGAUACUCCCACUGCUUUAAAGAAGCCACGUAUUUCAGCUUCUAAAAGUGAAGGUCAUCAACCUGUUAUGAAUCUUCCAACUGAACAGCCCCAUGCUCCAAAUCUGGCACCAGGUUUGCACAGUGACAAUGAUGGCAAUGCUGAUAUUGCGAAGCAGAUACCUCCAAAUUCUCUCCAGCACUUAAAUUUUGAAGAAAAUAUGGAAAAUCAGAAAGAACACAAAAUUGAACCAGACCAUAUAAAAAUUCCAAAGAGCAGAGUUAGUGACUUGCAGAAGAUGAAGCAAAGCCGAUUCUUUGAUGAGAAUGAGUCCCCUGUUGAUCCGCAGCAGGGCUCUAAACUGGCAGAUUAUAAUGGGGAUGAUGGGAACGUGGGUGAGUAUGAGGCAGACAAACAGGCCGAGCUGGCUUACAAUGAGGAAGAGGAUGGUGAUGGUGGAGAAGAAGACGUCCAAGAUGAUGAAGAAAGAGAUCUACAAAACGACCUCGUUGACUACAGCAAGCCCCGCUUCAGCGACGGGGUUCUCUAG